AUAGAGUAUCAUCUUCACAGAAAUGAUAAGAGAAAACAAAGGUUCACAGCUUUAGAAGAAGGAAAUGGCCAAGUGGAUCAAAAGUAUUAUGGUUUGAUGAAAAAUUGUCGGGCUCUUAGUGGAGAAGUUGACUAUGAAGUAUACGUAAUGAGACUAAUUAAUACCGGAUGCAGACCAUUAGGUGAACCAGAGUGGGAAAUAGAAUUAAAAGCUACAAAAAAAACUAAUGCUGUCGCUAUAUAUCAAGAGUUAGGUAAAAAAUAAGACACAGUGAACGCCAAAUUUGUCGAUAGUACGGAAAUUAUCAAGGAUAUUUAGUUUAUAACUGAUUAAAAAUAAUGUAUCACUUCAUGUUAAAAAUUAUAAAUUUUUGAUUUUGUUAUUACAAUUAUUUGACAUAUUUUUUAUAUAACAAUUGUGCUUAUU